AUGGCAAUUCUCUCUAGUCCACAAUUCGAGGACUACAUUCUGCUUAAUUUUGGUCGAAUGCUGGACCUAUCAUACUUUAAACCCGUCAAGGACCAGAAACAGGCCAUGUUCAAAAUGACAAUCGCACGCCUUCGGACCUCGCCUAUCACUCGAUGGUUUGCCCUACUAGACACCAAGCUAUGUGCGAGUGUGAUCGAGGGCACGUUGCAGCCACAACUAUACAUCGACUGGAUCAGGGAUCUCGAAAUUAUAGUCAAAGACAAACUCGUUCAGGAUUCCCCAUCAAAGGAAACGCGCAUCCUACUGGCUAAUUGGUUAUCGUCCCCAGCCCAAUCGCAAUUCAAGUCCUCCGGAACACAGCGCCCAUAUUCUUGCAGACCGCAUACUCUUACCCGAACUAUGGCCAGAAAAUGCGGACUUGACUUGUAUCCCACUACCAUGGAUUGCACAUGCGCAGUAGCCUUUGGAGUCCCACAACAAGUCGAAUACGACGUAUCUUGCACCCCGCUCUCGAGUACACCCCAUCCACACGAAUGGAUCCACGGCACCCCGACCGAGUUUCUCGUCCUCCUCGCCGAGAUCAACGCCUCUCGAGACGGCUGCCCACGCGCUCGAGGGUGGAAAGAUAUCGAGCACGAGCUCGUGACCUGGAUGGGCCGCCCCACCCAGCACGACGAGACGUGGGAGUCGUGGAUGGUCGUUGCGUGGCUUGCUGUCCAGGAAAGCUGGAGGCUCACGCUCUUGGCGUAUCUUUACCUCGCUGUGUGUGGUGCUUCCUCGGACGAGCCGCGAGUCCAGAUGUGCGUCUCCCAGAUUCUUCAAGUCAUUGGCACUGUGAAGAAGCAUGAAUCGCCACACGCGAGUAUUCCGUUCUUUAUUCAAUAUCUUAUAGCGAGCAAGGUGGGCAUAUGCGCAUCCCGCGAGAAACACCGAUGGAUUCGAAACAAAAUGCUCAACAAGACCGAGACCAAGUUCUGGAAGGUUCAAGUCGAAGAGUUUGUGCCCGUAUUAGAGCACCUGUGGCACGGAGCCGGAUCGGGCGGACGUCCGGUCAGAUGGUGUGAUUAUGUUUACUCUAGAGAGGUGAUCCCAAUCGUGUUGUGA